CACGGGGACAGAGCAGGCUCCUCAGGCCUCCAGGAUGCCCAUCCCUGCCUCCCGGCCCCUCCCCCCUCCUCCUUGCCUGCUGCUGACUCUACUGCUGGGACUCACAGGAGCAGCAGGUGUGGAGGAGCUGCAGGUGAUUCAGCUUGAGUCAGUGACCAUCGCAGCCGGAGGGACGGCCACUCUGCACUGCACCCUGACCUCCAUCCUCCCUGUGGGGAACGUCCAGUGGUUUAGGGGGACAGGGCCAGGCCGGGAGUUAAUCUACAAUUUCAAAGGAGGCCACUUCCCCCGAGUAGAAAACGUUGCAGACACCACAAAGAGAAACAGCACGGACUAUUCCAUCAGCAUCAGUAACAUCACCCCAGCAGACGCCGGUAUCUACUACUGUGUGAAGUUCCAGAAAGGGAGCCCUGAUGAUGUGGAGUUUAAGUCUGGACCAGGCACUCAGCUCACCGUGAGUGCCAAACCCUCUCCGCCCGUGGUAUCGGGCUCCACAGCGAGGGCCACGCCUGAGCAGACAGUCAGCUUCACCUGCGAGUCCCACGGCUUCUCCCCCAGAGACAUCACCCUGAAGUGA